AAGACAAGUUAGCAUUGCAGGCACAGUAAUAUUUAACACAAACAGUUAACAAUAUGGGUUGGUUUUUUGUUUUUUGUUUUUUGUUUUUUUUUUAAAGAGGAACUUAAACCUUAUCCAUUCACACAGACUUGCUGUAUGUUCAGGAUGAUUUGGAUUUAUCAGACUUUUUAUUUCAUUUUCUUACUUGCUUCAGUUUACAGUGAAUGUGUGACACAGAUCUAUGAAAAUACUUACUUCCAAGGAGGAGACCUCAUUACGGUUUUCACACCAAGUGCCAAUUACUGUCAAAUAGUUUGUACUUACCAUCCUACCUGCCUGCUCUUCACAUAUUUGCCGGUGACGUGGACUAAAGAUCCUGCACAGAGGUUCUCCUGCUACUUAAAAGACAGUGAUACUGAAAUGCUACCAAAAGUGAAGAUGGAAGGAGCUAUUUCUGGACAUUCUUUAAAACAAUGCAACAUCAAAAUUAGUGCUUGCAGUCCAGAUGUCCACUUAGGAUUGGAUAUGCAAGGAGUAAAUUAUGACAUUAGUAUGGCUGACAGCUAUCAACAGUGCCAAAAAAGAUGCACCAAUGACAAGCACUGCCAUUUUUUUACAUAUGCCCGAGGAACAUUCCAUGAUGCAAGCUUUCGUGAAAAAUGCUUCUUGAAACAUACCAGUUUAGGAACUCCAACCAGCAUAAGGGUGCUUGAUGAGGUUGUGUCUGGAUUCUCCUUAAAGCCAUGUCAGCUUUCUGAAUUAGAUUGUCAAAUGGACAUUUUUGAACAUGAAGAAUUUUCAGGAAUUAAUGUUACAAGUUUUUUCACUCCUGACACAUUCGUCUGCCAAACUAUUUGUACUUAUUUUCCAAACUGCUUGUUCUUUACAUUCUUCACCAAGGAAUGGCGAAUAGAAUCCCAAAGAAAUCUUUGCCUCCUGAAAACAUCAACAAGUGGAAUACCAGAGGCACUUACAUUACGAGAAAAUGCUAUUUCAGGUUUUGGUCUCCUAAAUUGCAGAAGAUACUUUCCUGCCUGCAAUUCUCGCACUUAUGUGCAUAUGAAUUUUGUGGGAGAUGAACUCAAUGUCACUUAUACUAAAGGACCCAGAGCUUGUCAGCAGGUUUGCACAGACAUGAUCCGCUGCCAAUUUUUUACCUACUUUCCCCUCCAAGAGUCAUGCAAUGAGGAAAGAAAGUGUGAGUGUCAUUUAAGAAUGUCCUCAAAUGGAUCUCCAGUGGAAAUACAACAUGGGCCAGGAAGAAUCUCUGGAUACUCACUAAGACUGUGUAAAAAAAAGGCCAGUACUGUAUGUAUGCAGCAUUCUUCAAGAAAUAUUAGGAUAAUUGGAGGGACGGAUUCUUCCCCUGGUGAAUGGCCAUGGCAAGUAAGCUUACACGUGAAGCUAUCUCGCCGGAGACACCUCUGUGGGGGCUCUAUCAUAAGUAACCAGUGGAUCCUUACAGCUGCCCACUGUUUUGUGAGUGUUCAGAACCCCAACAUUUGGCGUGUUUAUGCUGGUGUUUUAAAACAAUCAGAAAUAAAUGAAGAUACACCUUUCUUCAGAGUGGAAGAGAUUAUUAUUCAUCCUCAGUAUAACUCUGCGCAGACUGGAUAUGACAUUGCUUUAUUGAAACUUGAUAAGGCUAUGAAUUUUACUGAUCUUCAACUUCCUAUUUGCCUGCCAUCAAAAGAAGAGGCUAGUAUGCUCUAUACUGACUGCUGGGUAAUUGGAUGGGGUUACAGGAAGGAAAGAGGUCGUGUAGAAGAUAUUCUUCAGAAAGUUACUGUUCCACUAAUGUCAAAAGAGGAAUGCCAGGCAAGAUACCGGAAGCGCAGAAUCGAUGACAAAGAGAUCUGUGCUGGCUAUGAUGAAGGUGGAAAGGAUGCCUGUAAGGGGAAUGAAUGAAGACUCUGGAGAAGAGCUGCUGAAGAAACAAAGGAAACAUGUCACUGUGAAAACAGAGACUAAAAUUCUCAAAUAAAGUGCCAGCAGUAGACCAUCUGCAAUAUUCAUCUGCCAAUCCUUGAGCUAAAUUCAUACUUGCUAAAGAAAUAUCAGCGCCGAAAUGAGAACCUCUAAUGCUUUCUUAUGAUAAUAAUAUAAUCAGAAUCUGUGUUAAUAAGUGUGAUCCUGCUUAAUCUUUCUGUUAUCAGCAGGUAGCUUACAGUAAAAGAGAGGUAGUCUAUGGCCUCUUUUUCUCCUUCCUUUUCCUCUCCCUUAUUUGGGAAAAAUAACUAGGAAAAAAAAGCAACAUCUUAAAACUUGUUUUAGUCUCAUUAAAGAAAAAUCUGGCCUUAUACUUCAAAUCUUCCCCUUCUUGUGCUAUCACAGAACAUAAACUUCAGUGCUUUAGUUGUUAUUUUGAUUAAUGGCAAGUGUCUCUGGCGGUGUUUUAUAUUCUGUUUUGUAUUCUACUUUAUUUCUACUGAAAAUCAAUGAAGCACAUCAUCUCGCUUAUACCAGAUCAGCAGAAAUCUUUUGGAGGAAUGUUGGCAUUAGUCUGCCCUGAGGCUUUAUUCAAAUAAGGUCCCUGUUCUGAGAAAUUUACAGUCUUGUUCAGGCACAGAGGAGACACUUCAUACACACAACGAUAUUCUGGAGGGCAGUUUGUUCAUUGUAAAGUAAAGGAGGCUGUGGAGUUGCUUCAGUGGACUCUUCAGUUUGUAGUCAUUUUAAUAAGACUGUAAACUAAACAAAACCAGUUUUCCAUUAAAUUGAUGUUGCAAUGUGUUUUCCUUCACAGCUGAUGCUCUGCCUUAUGACUGAGUCUGAAAUACAUUGUCUUAUUCUUGAAGACGUUCAAGAGACAUUUAGAUGUGAUACUAAGGGGCAUGCUUUAGUAGAGAAAUAUUGGUGGUAGGUGGAUGGUUGGACUGGGUGAUCUUGGAGGAAUCCAAAAUUCUUAUGGUAUAAAAUGUACAAAAUUCAUGCUUUUAGAGAGGGAGGGAAGGGAAUCAUUUGUUAUAAGCUUUUUAGUAUAAGAUUUAUUUAUUUUGUGAAAAAGAAUUGUUCUGACAUGAUGAAAGCUGCAUUGCAGACCUUGAAAAGCAAGGAAGGAUCUGGAUAGAAUGAAAUUCAUUCACACUGACAAUCCUUCCAGUAGAAGAACUGUAAAAUUAACAUGUGGAUACUUAUUCCCAGUCUAAUUUCCAGUAUGUAUGAAGGUUUCUUUUUGAAAAUUAUUAUUAACUCAUAUAAUUUGUGAAAUAUCUGCAUUGUAACAUAAUAAUAUAAAUUUCCACCUUGUAUAAAAGGUACCAAUAAUAGCAGAUGUGAAUUUUUACAUAUUUCUAGGCAAGCAUUUUUGGGAGCAGUAAAUUAAUUGCUUUUCCUGCAGUCUUUGUAUUGAAAAAUGUGUUAUAGAUAUCUAUAGGUUUAUUAGAGUUAUUUAAAGAUAUGUUAUAGUUGCCAAGGUUUAUUGAAUUUUAUAAGAGGUGUUUUUUUUAGUGAAGUUGUGCAGUGGAGAUGUGAAAGAGCUAUUUUGCAUCAUGUGGGUAGGAGAGAGGAGAACAGUGGAAUACUAUGAGGGGGUUGAGAAGAAACAGAAGGAGAAAGGCAAAGAUGUGUCAACUUGAGGGCUGUUCCUCUCUUCUGGACUUUCUGGGACCUGACUGCUUUGACAGGUGCCUUGAAGACAUAAAUCUGUGGGCAGUCACUGAAUGCAGCUACUUUUCUGAACUAUCUUGUCCUUAGAACUCUGGUGAACAGUUGAUAAAUUCUGCAUACUGGGCAUAUUGUAUGAACCCACAUAUGCCAAAACUUUGGAUUUCAGGGAAUCCAAAACUUUAAGAUGGGCAAAAUAAGGUGAUGGGAGCAACUGACAUAGCUAUAAACAUGAAAAAGAAAUUGAAUAAAGAAAAAGGAUGUAUACUUCUCUACAGUGAAGUUUUUCUAUAUGUCUACAGAAAUAUUAGGAUGGCUUUCAACAAGCCUCUGAUUUCUUUAAUGCCCACAGCAUGACCAGCUAAUAUUUCAGGAAAAGGAGAAAUACUUUCAUGAAUACUAAAAUAUCUCGAAUUUCAAGAGAUUAGUCACUAGAUGGCACUUUUGCUCUAAUUUGCCUUGCAUUCAAUAGCCAUCGUGAA